AUGACCAAGGAAAGAUACUCCAAAAGGAGUGGUCCCUCAAACAAACAAGGGACAAGGAUAAUAACACUUGAUGAGAAAUAUAACGUAACAAGGCCUAAGCUUGUGUUGUUGCAGACGUUUUUGUUGUGGCAGCUGGGUUUUUCUGCUCUACUUUUAGGAAGAAGGUACUCAUGGAAUAAAAUUGCAGGAUGUCUACUUGUUGCUGCUGGAGUGGUUACAGCUAUUGCAAGCGGAUCAGAAAGUGGUCAAAUGCUAUCGGGAGUUGGGAUGCUGUGGCCAAUAAUGAUGGUAGUAUCAAGUGCAUUCCAGGCUGGUGCAACCAUUAUUAAGGAGUAUGUUUUUAUUGAUGCUGUUACCCGUCUAAAGGGGAAGUUGCUCGAUAUAUUUGUUGUUAAUUCAUUUGGUUCAGGGUUCCAGGCUCUUUUUGUGCUUUUGUUUCUUCCCUUGUUAUCAAAUCUGAAAGGCAUACCACUUCACGAGCUUCCUUCAUACAUAAAGACUGGAGCUGGUUGCUUUCUCAACAUCGGCGCUAGUUCAUCAGGUUGCGAGGGUUCACCACUGUUACCAUUACUCUACAUACUCAACAAUAUUGCUUUCAACAUAUCGGUUCUCAACCUCGUCAAAAUUUCUUCUGCUGUCGUUUCUUCACUAGCAAUUGUGCUAUCAGGCAUAGGUGUUGAAGAAUGUAUCUAUGUGUCAUGGCUUGACUUGGAAGGGUUUUGA